GACAUGCCUGAUCGCUACUGCAUAAUGGACGUGUGUGAUUAUGAAUCUAGGAUUCCCGUAUCGAACUUGAAUAUCGAUACUAUUUGUUGAUGAAAAUUUAAGGUGUUAAAAUGGCACUGCAAGCUACGAGGAGUUUGGUUCGAUUUGGAAAUGGCAGCAAUAACCAUAAAUUUGGGCAUCUGAGGACGUUAGUAACUGCCGGUGGCAAAGAAGCACCGAAGAGUAGCACACCUGCGAAGGGGCCCGACCCAGGAAAUGUUCCCGGGCUGAGUUCAGCUGUCCUCUCCGUUCCACCAGGAGAAGUUGGUCCACAUGCUUCAAAGCAGGCUGAGUACAAGAACCCAGAGUACUUCUGCUACAACGAGUUUUCUUACUUCGAAGCUGAAAAUGAAAUGUUGAAGUAUAGAUUACCACAACCAUCAAGUAUAAAACAGAACUAGUUGAUUUCAGUGUACCUUAGUUGUCAAUUGUGUAUAUUACUUUCUAGCAUAAAAUUAUGAUUUGAGCGUUGAA